CGAACCACGCAAUAACACCGUCGUAGGAGAAUGGUGGGGCUCGAACUGGUUUUGCAGCAGUUGCACAAGUAUCAACAGAUUGUGAUUUAGUGAAUUUUUUUAUCGGAAAGCUGAACCUAUUUGUCUUCUUUGACAUUUUCUUUACGUAAAACUUAGAUUCACUUUUGUUGCGCUUCUAGUACUUCGUGUAGUCGUAUCAGAAUUCAUGUUUUUGAAGAAAUCUGUUCUUCUCCUUUCUUUUUUCUUGGCGCAUUAGUUUCUACUACCUUUCUACUACUGCUGGUGGCCCAAUGAAUGCCAGUCCCAAUCCCAAUUUGAUGAAUUCGCGCAAAUCAACAACGUAUAUAAAAAUCAUUCACCUUCCAGUUCCGGACGAGCUCCAUGAUCUGCCACUCAUUGAUACGCAUGCCCACGUGGAGUUCAUUCUCGAUGGGCGGCGCGGAUGCGAUGUUCCCGAUGAGGAGUUGCAGCGGUCGCUUUUCGGUCUCGCCCUCUCGGGUCCGUUUGCGGUGAUCACGUCGUGCUGCGACGCUGCAGCAAUCGAGGACACGGUGC